UUAGUGCCAGGGACACCCCAAGGCACCCCAUGGCACCCUGUAGUGCCUAGGUCACCCCAUGGUGCCCCACAGCACCCCAUGGCACCUUCCAGUGCCCCACGGCACCCAACAGCCCCCAUGGCACCACUUCCUUCCAGCGCUGGCGGCGGUGCCAGGAGCGCGCCGGGCAGCGGCGGCACCACCAAGGGCACCCUGUCACCCUCCCUGUCCCCAGGAGAGCCCGUGGACGUCCUGAAGAUCCUCCAGCUCCAAUCGCUGCCCGAAGGCGUCAAGAAGGUGCCAGGUUUCUGCUCCCAACACGGCACCGGCUCCGACGUCGCUUACCGGAUAACGCGGCAGGCGCAGCUCAGCGCGCCCACCCGGCAGCUCUUUGCUGGGAAAUUCCCCGAGGAUUUCUCCAUCAUGGCGUUGGUGAAAGCCAACCCGGGCGUCCAAGCCUUCCUCCUCUCCAUCUACAACCGCGACGGCGUCCAGCAGCUCGGCGUCGAGCUCGGCCGCUCGCCCGUCUUCCUCUACGAGGACCAACACGGCCGCCCGGCCCCGGAGGAUUAUCCCCUUUUCCGCGGCGUCGAUUUAACCGAC